AUGAGCAUGCUGCGUCUGCUGCCGUGUGCUCUUGCGGCUGUCACCGUCCUGCUGGCCCCCGCAGCCGCCGAGGAGCGCUGCUUCCACAAGGACUUCAUGUUCGGCUCAGCCACCGCCUCGUACCAGGUGGAAGGUGCCUACACGGAGGGAGGUCGCACACCCAGUAUCUGGGACGAUUUCUGCCGAGAGAAACCCGGUCUAGCUUGCGCCAACGUGGCCGACGACUUUUACCAUCGCUAUCCUAGCGACCUCAAAAUGAUGGCCGACGACGGUCUGCAGUCUUUUCGCUUUUCGAUCUCCUGGUCGCGUGUCAUGACGUGGAACUCGGCGAAGCGCCGCAUGGUGCCCAACCCGACCGGUAUCGCCUUCUACCACGACCUUAUUGAUGAUAUGGCUAAGAACAACCUCAAGCCGAUCCUGACUAUCUACCACUGGGACCUGCCGUCGGCUCUGCAAACGGAGCUCUCCCCGGCAGGCUGGCUCAGUUCGGACAUAAUUGGGCACUACGUCGACUUUGCUACGCUCGUGUUCCAGGAGUUCGGCCAGAAACUCGACUACUGGACGACGUUUAACGAGCCGUACUCGUUUGUUACGCAGGGCUACGGUACCGGCGUGCACGCCCCCGGCUUCACCGGAUCCGAUACCAACACAUACGUUGUGACUCAUAAUCUCCUGCGUGCCCAUGCUCUAGCGGUGCAAAAGUUCCGUGAAUUUCGUAACAACGGUAUUGUGCGACCUACGGCUCGCAUCGCUGGUGAUUACCCGGCCGUCAUGCGCGAGGUGGUCGGCGACCGUCUUCCUCGUUUUACUGCGCAAGAAUCAGAGACCCUCAAGGGAUCGUACGAUCUGUUUAUGAUCAAUCACUAUGCUUCCAAGUCCGUGACAGACUGCGACUCGCCGACGUCCAAACGUGACUGUGAUCAGCUCACUCUUGGCUGGGAGAAGGACAAGGGUGUUGACGACACACGCGCUCCCGAAGGCUCGCGUUCUUCCAGCAAGGACCGCAACGGCAAUCGCAACUGCGCUUGGUUCACGGCGUACCCGCCUGGAUAUCUGGCUUUGAUUAAGUGGGUCGCUGCACACGAUCCGUCGGCUGAUGUCUUGCUGACAGAGAACGGUUGGUGCGGCAACGCUGAGGCUGAUGGUGCUGAAGACCAGAUGUGGUACUACACGAAUUAUAUGGAACAGGUUUACAAAGCUGUGACCGAGGAAAAUAUCAAAGUCAUUGGCUACACGGCCUGGUCCUAUCUGGAUAACUACGAAUGGGGCUCCUUUGAGCCACGCUUCGGACUGUACUACGUCAACUUCACGUCCCAGACUGGUUCCACGAACUACGUCUCGGCGAAGCCCUCGGAGCUCGAGCGCAUCCCACGUCCGGCUGCCAAGUGGUUCAGCACACUGGCCAAGACGAAGUGCAUUCCGGCGACCUCGGAGGUUGCAGCGGUGAGCGCCCCUAUCGAAAUAUCCGGCAGCGAAGAUCUGUCGACCUGGUCUAUUGUGGUCAUUGUGAUCGCGGCAGUCGUGGUGGUUGGUGCCGCUGUUGUUGCUAUCCGCGCCUAUAACAACCGCCGUGAAUCCAGCAGCGAGCGCAGACCGUUGCUGUAA